AUGUCAAGGAUUUUGCUCUGGUGGUACCCAAUUUAUUCAAUCGACGGCACAACCCCCAUCCCGACUUACCCUUACCGGUUUCCAGAUGGCGGGGGGAGUAUCAGGUUCCUAGAGGGAGAGAACGUUUCACGUCAGUGGGCUGAGAAAUAUGGCCCUAUCUAUCGUAUCUGGGUUGGCCUCACGCCAGAAAUUAUUUUGACCCGUGCGGAUGAGAUCAAGCCAGUCUUCAAAGACUCUGGCAACCACUACAAGGCUUCAAACCUAAAUGGUGGAUGGGUAAUGGGCGAUCUAGUGGGGGAUGGCGUUGGACUUAUCAGCCAAGGACACUGGAAGAGAGUCCAUGCUGUAGUUUCCCCUCCAUUUACCCAGAAACCCACUGCAUACGUUCCUUUCGUCCAGUCCCGUAUUUCUCGCCAUUUCGCCGAGCUAUACAUGGGACCUGAAAGAGGGAAUACACUGCGCAUCAAGCCCGCCGAGGAUCUCAAGCUUCUGCCCUUCUGGGUUAUUAGCGACCUAUUGUACGGAAGUUUGUCUCCUGAGAUGACGGAGGAACUCUUACUCAUCACGGAUCUGCGCACCGAUGUGUUUCAAUAUGCGUUCAAGGGAGGAUUGACACUCUUCUCCAUCAGCAAGAUAUUUUACCCCGCCAUAAGAAAAAAGCUGCAGGUCUUUCACACUCGUUGGGCACAUUUCAAUCAGAAGGCAUAUUACGAUGCGAAGGACCGCGAUGAUGCCUCGGCAUGUGCUAUUGUUACCUUGUAUACGGCCGUCGAGCAAGGCCGGAUUACACCAACUGAGCUAAUGCACACAUUGGACGAGGCAUUAUUCGCCAAUAUUGAUGUGACAAUUGGCAGCUUCUCCUGGAUUCCACAAUUCCUGGCUGAAGAUGCAGACCUCCAGACCGAGCUUAGAGACGAGAUCUCCAAAGCCCGGUCUGACAAAACUGCAGAGUCCUGGGUCAGUUACAUUGCUAGCAACACCACCCUUCUGGCAAGCUGCAUCAAUGAAUCUGCAAGAUUGAAACCAGUCACCAAUUACACCUACGCACAGUCAAUGCCCAGUGACCGUGACGUGGGUGAAUACCGCAUUCCCCGUGGCACCUUCAUGGUGGUUGACACCAAUGCCUUGAACAUCUGGAAUGACACGUGGGGCGCUGAUAAAUUGAAUUUCCGCCCAGGGAGGUUUUUAGAGGAAUCCAGGUCAAGCUUCCGGUAUCGCUUUUGGCGUUUUGGCUUCGGGCCCCGCCAGUGUAUUGCACAGGCAUUGGCAGACACGAUCCUCAAGGUUUUGGUUGCGUACACUGUUGAGAACUAUGAGUUGAAGCUCCCUGGAAAAUCUACUGUGGAUGAAAAGGAUGAUCAGAAACGGGGCGAAGCGUGGUUCAAGGUUGCUGAGCAGGAGAUUAUCUUGGAAGCGCUGUAG